AACAGUAUGGUCGUGUCAGUUUGAAAGUAAAAAGACUGUGGACAGGGUGUUAACCCAAUUUUAGACCAUUUAAAAAAGUAGAUUUUAAAAGAAAUGUCUAAUGAAAAUACCUUAGAUUUGCAUUACGUUCAUCAGAGCUUCCAAAGAAGUCUAAAAGAAGAAGACGAUGUAGUGAUAGAGGCUUAUAUUGACGGAUACAAUGAGCUUGUGAAGUUCUUAAACUUGAUCGGGUCAGUGUUCUCUUUUGUGAGUAGUGAUGUAAAGAGCAAAAUAAAGGUGAUGGAAAAACAUAGAGAAGGUGACGAUGCUAUUUAUUACGAGUCCUUCAAGAAAAUGAUGAAGUACGAAAAAGAGACUUGCUUGCAUGAAAAGAAUGGUUUUGUUUCUGGUUCAAGGACAAUGCUACGAUUACAUAGAGGAUUAGAUUUCAUCAGAUUAUUUCUGAAGCGUCUAAGUGAUUCGGAUGAUACAGUUAACACAUGUACAACAUGCCAGUGUUCAUACAAUGAGACAUUGGCUGAAUUCCAUCCUUGGUAUAUCAGGAAAGCAGCAACACUGGCAAUGCAUGCACUACCCACCAGACCAGACUUAUUGAAAAAGAUCUUCGGUACCGAGGAUAGGUUAACUGAAGCGAUGACCAUACUGCCACAAACUCUACAAUCUUGUGACGAGGUAUACCAAAGAGUGGAACAACUAUACACGGAUUUCGACUUCCACGGCUUGCCAUAACUUUACUAGCCAAAGAAUCAAACAUAUCGGUAUAAAUACGUGGGUUUCCAUUGUCAAAACACUCACACAAAAACAUAAUCAUCUUGGAAAAUUGAAAUAAUAAUGUUGCAGUUUCGACAGUGUAAGCUCAACGUUACAGGUGUUAAGACGCUACGGUAAAUUGUGAGAAAAAGUAUUAAUUGUACUAGGGCAACAUAAAAACGCAGGACUCGUAUGGUAUGCGACUCCCCCGACCGCA